AAGUUAGGAGAUUAAAGUUUAUUUGAUAGAAAAUUCAAGUGUUCAAGCAAUCGUUGGGGUGUUUUAGCAAUUACGUCCAAUUGCGUCCAGAAAUGCAUGGCUAUUUUUUGUAAUGACGGCUUAAACUUUAGGGUUUGUUUUGACAAUGGGUUCCAGAAGCGGCGAUGAACAGUUAUCUGACGGUAGCCAAUCACCUUUGAAGAAGACAAAGCUGGAAGCGGAGGGCCAAGGCGGGGCUGAAGCAGUUGCCGCCGAUGAUGAGGCGGAAGAGCAACGCCCACACAUUUGCAACAAUUGGGAGAAUUGUGUUAUGCAAUGUGACGACCCAAAAAAAGAUAGACAAAUGCGAUUAUACACUCGCCAAUACCAUGAAUCCGGUGGUUUUGACGUCACCGACUUCCCGACUUUCGGAUUUAUCGGUAAACUAAUUCCUGUGGAUCUUAAUGAUUCGUAUUCGACGGGUAUCUGCACCAAGGCCCUUGAGUUGGCCAUUGAACAUCAUAACAAAAAGAAGAAUACAGACUUGGAACUUGUGAAAAUUGUGAAGUCAAAUAUGCAUCCAUUUAGCAGUUUUUUACAACCUUUGAGGCUAAAAGUAAGUCUAAAAACGAAGAUGCCAAAACCUAUCAGGCUAGCAUGUUUUACAAUAAGCUCAACGGCCGCUUUAUCGCUUACAUUUUCUGAGAGAAAGGUAGCUAGUUUGUCUCUUCCGAUUGAAUGAGUUUUUAUCCCACACAACGGAUAUGCCACGUCAUUUAUAUAACAAGCCAAUAAACAUUUGCGAUAGGGAAUAUUUAUUU